GGGUACUCUGGCAUGAGAUUAAACUGUAGACACCACCCCACCCAAGCCAUUCCAAGGAAUCAGAAGCCUCUAAGUGGUAACAAUCCACACCAUCUUUAAGCAACAACAGCACUAACAAACUACAGCCACAAUGAAGGUUCUAGUCUCUGUCUUCCUUCUGUUGCUGCCAGCGAUGCUCACAGUCUCCAGCAGACCAAAUCCAGGGGUUGCCAAAAGCCAUGGGAACCAGCGCCAGGCUUCUGGGAGGUGGCUCCGGGAAGGCGGCCAAGAAUGUGAAUGCAGAGAUUGGUUCCUGAGAGCCUCAAAGAGAAAAUCCACACCAGUGCUGGAGUCACCAAAGAAGCAGUGUCCCUGUGAUCAUGUCAAGGACAGUGAGAAAAAAAACAGACACCAAAAGCACCACCGGAAGCCAAACAAGCCCUCCAGAACCUGCCAGCAAUUUCUCAAACGAUGUCAACUAGCAAGUUUCACUCUGCCCUUAUAGUUCUGAUACUCUACUCUCUCAAGUGAACACUCUCAGUGGAAAAGAGGUGAUGAACCCUAGAGCUUGUUCUUGCUCUCCCCACCCUAUCCUCACCAACAGCAUCCCAGAGCUCAGAAAGCACUGCCCAGCAUAUUGGUUACUGUGCC